UCGUCUCGCAGUUCGCACGUCUGAACGCCGAACUGAUCUAUGAUAUUGCACUUUGUUAUAUAAACAUUAGCGUUUCCAGACGAUGAAGGCCUAGAGGAGGAUUCAAGAUGUCGAAGCUCUGGUUCCUUUUCGCGCUGGUGGUGGUCACCAGCGCCGACGAGGCCACAGACCCACAGGGCCUUGCAGAACCUGUCCCACUGGCGGUGGCAAACGACAGCGAGUAUACCGCGCACGUCGGCCGCUGGACAGAGUGCGUUGCCGGUGACCUCGACCAUGUCAACUCCGUCGACAGGCACACGCAGCAGCCCGACACGGACUCGCUGGUGCACACGCCGCGGCUCGGCCUGCAGCGCCGCCAGGUGCAGUGCAGACAUAAGGAUGGACGGUUCGUCGAGGCCAUCUACUGUCCGGGUCUAGCGGACGUGGGCACGACGCGCGUGUGCGUGGUGCGCGAGGACUGCUCGCUGGGGGAGUGGUUGCCAUGGCGACCGCGCUCCGACGGCGCCCUCGUGCGGACGCGCCGCCUGCGACGACUGCCGCAGGGCGGCGGCGCGGAGUGCGAGGUGGUGGAGGAGGUGCGGCCCGCGGUGCUGGAGGCGAGCGCGCACUGGACGCCCGGGCCCUGGGGGACCUGCAAGGUGUCAGUGGAUCAUCCAGCUGUUGCUACCACUAAUGAUGACGAUGAUGACGCCGACGACAACGACGCGAUAUACGAGGAGGACGAUGACGACGGCGACGACGACAAUGUCGCCAGCUGCGGCGGCGGCGUGCAGCGACGCGAGGCCACGUGCGUGCGCGCCGACGGCCGCGCGCUCCUGCCCGCACACUGUGCGCACGCGCCAAUGCCGACCCUCGUGCAGCCGUGUGAGGUACCGUGUCCGCGAGACUGCGAGGUGGGUGAGUGGAGCGAGUGGGGCGCGUGCCAGCCCGCUGACGGGUGCCCGCUAUACCCCGUACAACAGUUGACUACCACUGGCUACAGCGUGCGUCGUCGUCGCGUGACGUCGGCAGCAUCGGGCGGCGGCGCUCCGUGCCCCCCGCUAGAGGAGAAGCGCACGUGCUCCACGCCGCGCUGCGCCGCGUGGCGCGCGCUGCCGUGGGGCCCGUGCGUGCUGAGCCAGCCGCACGCUGCAUGCGGACCCGGACGACGGACGCGUGAGCUGCGCUGUGUUGGACACGAUGGGAAAGAAGCCCAGCGCGCGUGGUGCAACGGCAGCGGUGCUCCGCCGCGCAGCGAGCGGUGUCGGAUCGCGUGCGCGGGCGACUGCGUGGUGUCGGCGUGGGGCGGCUGGUCGCCCUGCAGCGCCCCAUGCGCCGCCCCCUCCCGCCCCCGACCCACCAGAACACGACGCAGACAUAUACUGGCACACGCCACGCCAAACGGCUGGCCGUGUCCGUCAGAAGAGCAGCUGGUGCAGAACGAGACGUGCAACAAUCACGCGUGCGCGUCGUACUCGUGGCUGGCGACGCCGUGGGGGCCGUGCGAGCGACGCAAGGACGACUACAUGCCCGCCAACAACUAUACCGACUUAUUAGACACUGACCCUUACAACGAGAGCGACGACGAGGAGCCGUGCGUGGAGGAGGGCGAGAUGACGCGCGAUGUCAUGUGCGUGCAGAACAACGCGGACGUCGUGCGCGAGGCGCUCUGUGCGCCGCUGCGGCGGCCGUCGUCACGUCGCGCGUGCACCAUCCGCUGCCGGCGCGGAUGCCGCGUCGAGUCGUGGAUGCCGUGGUCGCCCUGCCCCAAUACUUGCGAUCCAGGCAAGCAAGUCCGCGUCCGUCAGGUGCGCGGCGGCCCCAACUGCGGACCGCUGCAGGAGGCGCGCGACUGCCCCGUGCCGCGGGCGUGCCGCGCGCGCGCCGCCUGGGCCGCCGGCGACUGGAGCACGUGCCGUCUGCCGCCGAGAGAGACGUGCGGCGUUGGGUAUAGGACACGAAGCAUCUGGUGCGGUUCGGACUCGCACCGCGUGGAGGCGGGCGCGUGCGCGGGGCAGCUCGUCCCGCCGAGCGUCGCGCCGUGCCGCGUGCCGUGCGGCACCAUCGCGCCGCUCACGUGUGACGUCAUAUGUGCUGAUCCACUCAAAUACUUGGACGCUUCGGAGCCAGAUGUACCUGACUGUGUUUGUAAAGAUGUGACUUUGGAACUUCUUCCAGCCGAUUCCGACUGUAUACUGCCUCAAGGAAUGGAGUGUGGUGAAGGCAGACUGUUGAGAGCCGCGCGAUGCUUGGUCAAAGACAAGGACGUUCCGAUGGACGUUUGCAAGAAAUAUCAUCCACUUACUGGGCCGCGACGCGUGCGAGAGGCCUCCACGGACGGUCUGUCGUACGACGAGGAGUUCAAGUCACUAGUGCGCGGCGCGUGCUCGGUGCGGUGCGCGCGCGACUGCGCCGUGGGGCCGUGGGCCGAGUGGGGGCCGUGCGCCGCCGAGCCCGGCUCGAGGGCUGCUUACCGGUUCAGGACCAGGGAAGUAAUAGAAGAGGGUUCAGCCGGCGGUCGCGAGUGCGGCGCGACGCUACAGCGCGCGACGUGCGCCGUGCCCGAGCCGCGCUGGCGAGCGGGCGAGUGGGCGGUGUGCGCGCCGCGCCGUGCGCUGUGCGGACGCGCGAUUAUCAAUAGGACCGUUGAAUGCGUGGACGGGUCCGGAGCCCCGUUGUCGGAGGAGUCGUGCGCGGGCGCGGGCCCCCGGCCCGUGCACGAGGCGGCGUGCCGGGCGCCCUGCCCCGGAGACUGCGUCGUCAGCGCCUGGUCAGACUGGAGCCCCUGCGAUCAGACGAAGUGGGGCGGGCGUCGCGACCGCACCCGCGUGGUGCUGCGGCCGGCGGAGGAGGGCGGAGCGGCGUGCCCGCACCUGGUGGGGGCGGAGCCCUGCGCGCCGCACACCUACUCGUGGCACGUCGCGCCCUGGGACGACUGUCAGCCGCUCGGUGGAUCGCCGUGUGGUGAGGGAAUCAAGAAAAGAUCAGUCCGCUGUCUCCGCAGCGACGGCGUCUUCGUCGAGGACUCAUUCUGCCCGAACGUGACGUCGUCGGAGGCGGCGGAGUCGUGGUGCUACGUGCCGUGCGGCGUGGACUGCGAGGUGGGGGAGUGGGGCGCCUGGGACGCGGCCGCCUGCAGCUGCGGCGACCCCACCGCCAGGCACAUGCGCCGCAUACGGCAACACCUGACCGCGGCGGUAUGGCCGGGCCGCGCGUGCCCGCCCACCGAGCAGCGCGCGCCGUGCCCUCGCGAGCCCUGCCUCAGGCUCGUAGCUAGACCACUGCUGGGGUGCCUACUCAGGACAUCAUCGGGCACACCAGCGCCUAACGCGUGCGGGUGGGGCGUGCGGGUGUCGAAGGCGCGGUGCGAGCUGAGCGCGGACGACGGUGCGGACGUGUACCUGCAGCCCUGGCGCUGCGCCGCCGCCCUGCCCGGCCGCAUCGCCGCGCCGCCACCCCACGAUCAGGAGGACGAGAUCUGCGAGGUGGAGUGCGGGUGCCGCGCGGAGGUUGGGCAGGCGGGGCCGUGGGGGGCGUGGGGGCCGUGCCGCGGCGGCGCGCGCUCCCGCACCCGCCAGCUGCUCGUGCCACCGAGACAGGCUUGCAAUACCUCGUCCAGAUACGUGACGAUCGAGUGGGCGAACUGCAGUGCGUCGGAGGGCCCCGAGCUGGUGGCGGUGGAGCCCCCGCGCCGCGCCUGGCUAGAGCGCGCCCCCACUGAAUAUCACGAUGGAUACAUAGAGGGCAGCACGAGCGUGCUGGCGGUGGUGUGGACGGCGACCAUCUUCCUCAGCCUGUACGGAGCGUUCAUGGUCUACCGCGGUAUUAUAAGAUGUCUAAGAAGCAGACGUUUGAAGUCGAUCACCAAGGUGUAAGCCAGCGACAUUCAGCCAUGUUUUGUUGUUGUUUGAUACGUCCCUGUUUUGUUGUUCCCGUUAACCUAAGGUUUGUUAAUUUACUUAAGCUCUCCUAGGAAAGCGGUGCCGUUAUAUAGCGGCCGUUAUACAGCGGUUAAUAAAAUUUUGCUUAGAUCAAGAUUUCUUACAUAGCGGUUAAAAACCGGUUUGAAGGCCAGACAA